ACAUUUAUUGAGAAAAGUGUCACAUUCUGCUGAGAAACAGUAAUAUACAUCCAUGUACAUGUUUAUUUCUUGGACAGGUAAUGAUGAUCAAUACUGAGCUGAGCUUCAGGUGUACCCUAUAAUAUACAGCGUUCAGAACAGCAGUGAUGGCCUUGACACUGGAGAGCCUUCUGGGGUUCCUGAGGGUCACGGUUUCUCUACCCUCCUUCCCAGUCUGCUGUUGUUACUUGGUCAUGAUCCUCUUCCUGGCCCCCAUAUGGCAGCGAAAAACAUCGCCAGUACAAAUCCGUCCGAUUCUCAUCCUCCACAACUUUGCCUGCAGCUUGGUCAGUAUCAUUGCCUUUGUUGGCUUCCUGAGGGGAAUUCUCCAAAGUGAUUCAAUAUUCCAGAAGGGUGACUCGGAGAUGUUAAAACCGGUCUACCGCUUAUACUGGCUGACGAAGCUGCUAGAGCUCCUGGACACCGUAUUCAUGAUCGUACGCCACCGCCGGCGUCAGAUCAGCUUCCUGCAUGUGUACCACCAUAGCUCGAUCCUCCUGCUCAGCGACGUGGCGUACCACAUGUAUCCUUGGCCAGGAAUCGCCUUCUAUCUCAUGAACAAUUCCUUUGUUCAUAUUGUAUUGUAUAUGUACUAUGGCCUGUCGGCUCUUUUUCCCGACAAGUCAUUUCCCUGGAAAAGACAUAUAACAGAGCUACAGAUAUUCCAAUUUUUUGUAGGAUUUGUGCAUGCCACUUUUGGCUAUAUGUACCACGGAUUUUGUAUAUAUGGGAUUUUUUAUGGGAUUACAAUGACAGUUUUGUUCUCAAAUUUUUAUUAUAAAGCUUAUCUCGCACCAAAGAAGUUGAAAGCAUCUUAAUUUUUUUUCAAAGAUUUCUUAUUGUUAGUGUCCAUCACU